AUGAGUUCUCCAGACACCAAUUCCAAUCGACAUCAAACUAAAAAGAGGUCCAAGCUUGACUCCAAUAAAUCUUACUCCUUUUACGAUUCCUUUGUCACUCGAAAAGACAUCAUUAAAUUGGCCUCCUUGGAAACAUAAAACCAAUAAAGGGAAUUUCUUAAAACUGUCAUUGUGCGAUUUGAAGAAGGACACAAAAAAGGAGGAGUAUUCACCUUCCCAGUUUACGAGCUCAUCUCCUUUUAAUAUUAUCAAGCUCAAACCAUAUCGAAAGUAUUAUUUGGCAUCAAUUAUUCCUAGGCUACAGAAGAGUCUCAAUAAUAGUGUAAAUUGGCCGUCUUCUCAGAAUACCUGUUGCAGAUGUACAACUAUCUUAAAAAUUACACAUUUGAAUAGAAAUCUGCCUUCAUGUCAUUAGGAUUUUACAUUUUUGUAGAGAGUUUAGAGCGCAAAAUUACAUAAAUCGAUUCAUAUGAAAUAUUCAAAAGGUUACUCAGACCUAAGAUACUAUUGACAAACACAUACAAUUUGCCCAUAUUUACUUAGGAACACAUCAUGGAAUUCAAUAAAUUUAUGACAAGCUAUUUUUAUAGGUGAUCUGUACAGAAUAUUAUUAGAUAUUAUUCCCUAUAUGAAUUAAGAAUGACCACUUAUUAAGAAGUCAAUAUCUUUGGUAGAUUAAAAGGGGAAAACCCAGUACAAGUAGAAAAAGAAGAGGACAAAGAUUCCAUAUAAGAAGAAGACGAGUUUAACUUCAAAGAUGUAGAAGUUCAUCUAGAUGAUGAAGUCUAACCUGAACAAGAAGUAAAGAAGAUCAAUGAAAAAGAUGAAGAAUAAAUUGAAAAAUUGAUGGAAUAAUACAAAUUGAAUUGGAAUACAAGAUUAGAUGGAUCAUCAUUAUUGUAAGAGGCUGAAAAAAUAUUAACAAAGAAAAAAUGA